AUGAUGUAUAUAAUCAAGUUGCUACUGCUCUUUUUGGUUACGCCUUUAGUGGCAGCUAAGAUUCAUACUUUCCAUUUUACGACCUCCUGGAAAUCUGUCCAGAUACCAGGUAUCCCACAGAAUAAAAGUGUAAUUACACUAAAUGGUCAGUGGCCACCCCCAGCAAUUCAUGUAAAUAAGGGUGAUACUGUAGAGUUGUAUUUGACAAACGGUUUCGAUGACUUAACUCAAACUUCUUUGCAUUUCCAUGGCCUAUUACAAACGCAUUCCAAUAUAAUGGACGGUCCCUCCAUGAUAACACAGUGCCCUAUUGGUCCUGGCUCAACAUUUUUCUAUAACUUCACAGUUAAUGAGCAAACAGGAACAUAUUGGUACCACGCACAUAAUGGAGCACAAUAUGGAGAUGGUUUAAGAGGUCCAUUUAUCGUACAUGAUCCAUCUGAACCUUUCACGUACGACGAAGAAAGGGUUGUUACCUUAUCUGAUCUAUAUUUACAAAAAUAUACAAAGAUUCAAGACGAAUUUUUAAGCCGUUACAACCCAACAGGCGCUGAACCAAUACCCCAGUAUUCAUUAAUUAACGACAGGUUGAAUGACACUAUACAUUUUGAAGUAGGUAAAACGUAUUUGCUUAGAUUUAUAAACAUGGGCCUCUUUGUCUCUCAAUAUAUCCAAUUGGAGGAUCAUGAGAUGACUAUUGUAGAAGUUGAUGGUGUUUAUACUAAGCCAAAUGUCACAAAUACAUUAUAUGUUGCCACAGGUCAAAGGGUCUCUGUAAUAGUAAAGGCAAAAGAGGUUAAUCCUCAUAAAAAUUUUGCCAUGGUUCAAGUAAUGGAUGAGACUAUGUUAGAUGUUGUCCCUGACGACCUAGCACUUCUAACAAUUAAUCAAAUCAGUUAUAAUGACAAUUAUAAAUAUCCUCAAAAUCCAAAUCUUGAUGUUGAACAGAUGAAAAGAAACUCUACAAAUGAUUUUUAUCUAACUACCCAUAAAGCAACUCCACUUUUGGAUCAUUACGACAGGCAGAUAGUUUUGGAUGUUAGAAUGCAAAAUUUGGGUGAUGGAAUAAAAUAUGCUUUUUUCAAUAACGUAUCUUACACUGCGGCCAAAUUACCUGUUUUGACUACAGUAUUGACAUCAGGUAAAUUGGCUAACGACAUUAGAAUAUAUGGCGAUAAUUUGAAUGCAUUUAUCUUUGAGCCAAAUGAAGUUAUUGAAGUUGUUUUAAAUAACUAUGAUACUGGGAGACACCCAUUCCACUUGCAUGGUCACAAUUUCCAGGUAGUACAAAAAUCUCCGGCAUUUCAUGAAGAUGAGACUUUUCCAGAUGAGGAUCAAGAUAAAAUGACCGUCCCAUAUAACGAAUCGGCGCCAUUGAUGAAGAUGCCCAAUUUGCCAAUUUUGAGAGAUACUGUUAUCUUGGAACCUAACGGUCAUGUGGUAUUAAGAUUUAGGGCAAGUAACCCUGGCGUAUGGUUGUUUCAUUGUCACUUGGAUUGGCAUCUACAGCAGGGGUUGGUUGCUGUAUUUAUUGAAGAUCCAUUUGCUUUACAAGAACAUGAAGAAUUGACUGAUAACUAUAAGGAUGUUUGUGCUAACGUUGGUAUCGCAAAUAGAGGAAAUGCUGCUGGUCAUGAUGAUGAUUGGUUCAACCUUGAUGGAUUACCAAGACAACCAGAGCCAUUACCUUAUGGUUUUACAACGAAAGGUUAUAUUGCUAUGUUCAUUUCAGUUGUCGUCGCUUUGAUGGGACUUUGGACAAUCGCAGAUUAUGGUUUAACAGAAAUUCUCCAAGAUGACGAAGCUAUCUUUCUAAAGUUGAAGGCAAUGAUUGAUCAGAGUAAUAAUGAAUCACAUUAA